GUGUUUUCUUUAGAAAGCACACAGAGAGCCAGGCCAAGAAGUUGGGCCUGUCUGGCUGGGUGAAGAACACAAGUUCCGGCACCGUUGUCGGGGUCAUCGAGGGUCCUGAGGACAAGGUGGCCAUCAUGAAGAAGUGGCUACAGGAAACAGGAAGUCCAAAAUCGCAUAUCGAGAAGUGUGUCUUCAAAGAUGAGAAAAGAGUUGGCGAAAAAUCUUUUCCAGGCUUUUCUGUGAGAAAAGAGAAAUACUGA